AAUGCAUUGGGAGAAGAGGGCACCUGUAUGUUUGUGUGGGAGUGUAUCAAAACUGAAGGCAAACAUCUGGGCACUUGUGUCGAUGGCUUCCUAUUUGGCAGUUGUUGUGGACAUAAUGACACUUUUAAUGCCAUAGACCAGACUGUUGUCCACAAUUCACAACACACUUCUCAAUCAACUCAUAUCUCAACCACUAAUCAACACAACACAUACUUUCCAAAUAAUUAUGAGGAGUUUUCUACUCCUAGUUCAGUGAUAAUGACUGGCCAAAGCUGGUCAAGUAGACCAACAGUGUCCACCUUAAUAGCCAGUAUCACAACUACACGAUCGCCAACAACAACAACAACAACCACAACCAUAAAGCCUACAAAACCAAUUAAACCAUAUGUCAAACCUUCAAAACCAUUAGUUAGUUAUAAUACAACAGAAUUUACAAAUAGUAAUGUUGUUUCAAAUAAUGAAAGCUCGCAAACAUUGGUUCCGACAUCUAUAGCAAAACCAUGGCCUACAGCGCCUAGUCCUAUACAUUCUCAAGUUUGGCCAAUACAAUCUAAUACCCCUUCAAAUGUGUUGCAUACAUUUAGACCACCAAUUUUUUCAAUUUUUUCAACAUAUAGACCCCCUUCCAGUCCUAAUAAUAUUUAUUUGAGACCAACAUUUAAGCCGCCUAUUGCUGUCAGACCGACUAAUAUUUAUCAGCAAAUAUAUAAUACUCGGAGUACUACUUCAACACCACUUAAUAUAACUAUAAUGCAAACAACAGCUCAACCGUUGACAACAAUGUCUACAACGACCACAACCACAACCACAACAACACCAAAACCGACGACAACUUCAUUUGCGACGACCAAUACAACUGCCACAUCAACCACUUUAGGUUACGAAACAUCUCAUAUAGUUUCACAAACAUAUACUAAAAGGCCUUUCCUUUCAAGUAAAGUUCAAUGUGGUGUUCCUCAAUUGAUGCCUCAAACCAAAGUGGUUGGUGGCAAGAACUCAGCGUUUGGUGCCUGGCCCUGGCAGGUGUCUGUUAGAAGGACAUCAUUUUUUGGCUUUUCUAGUACUCAUAGAUGUGGCGGAGCUAUACUUAACAAUCAAUGGAUCGCUACGGCGGGUCAUUGUGUCGAUGAUUUGUUGUUAACCCAAAUACGGGUCAGAGUUGGUGAAUACGACUUCUCCAGUACUUUAGAGCCCUAUCCACACAUAGAGAGGGGCGCCAAGAAAAAGGUGGUUCACCCGCACUACAACUUUUUUACUUAUGAAAAUGAUUUAGCUCUGGUACAGUUAGAUGAACCCAUUGACUUCCAACCUCAUGUAGCACCCAUAUGUUUACCACCUGAUAAUGUAGACCUAUUGGGCAAAAAUGCAACCGUCACCGGUUGGGGACGACUUAGUGAAGGUGGAGUUUUGCCAACAGUGCUUCAAGAAGUCAAAGUUCCGAUUGUUAGUAAUGACAAAUGCAAGAAUAUGUUCCUAACGGCCGGAAGACAUGAAUAUAUUCCCGAAAUAUUUAUGUGCGCCGGUUAUGAUGAGGGCGGACGAGACUCAUGUCAAGGGGACAGUGGGGGUCCACUACAAGUUCAAGGAGAGGAUGGAAAAUGGUUUUUGGCUGGAAUUAUAUCAUGGGGAAUCGGUUGCGGAGAACCAUCACUUCCAGGAGUUUGCACUCGAAUUUCAAGGUUUAGACAAUGGAUUUUAAAUUAUAUUAAUCAGUGA